AAACCCGGGAGACGCCAGGCAGACCUUCUCUCCCUCGUGUGCCUCUACGGUAAUACCACCUGGCUCUUCGGCCUCUUGUGGGCGCUCUUGUGUACGUGGCAAGCUACUCCCUCUUGAUAAAUCAAGAGAAGUUCAUGUGGUGUAAGCCGACUCAUCUACAUGCGAAAAUCAGUCCUGGACAGAAGAGCCAGUUGGCAUCAGCACACAAUAAGAGUGGCAUCCAGGUGCUCUCGAGCCUGGACAGGACAUAAGGAAACUUGGAAUCAAAUCGUUCCUCUCCACCGUGUAAUUGAGAGAGGCAUAUGACUCGAACGUGUACCAGAGUACAGACCUUGAAUUUGUAGCGAAUACAGAAUAGAGUAUAGAGUUCAGUAGAGUUCGAUGCAGUAUUGGACACUUCGACGGGACAUCAAUAGUAACCUAGUUCCGACUUGGAAUUAGUCUUCUCAUCGUCACUUAAAGCUAAAAAAUCAACUGUGAACCGUUUUUGUACAGUAUACAAAUGCAUUAUUUUAUCAGAGCUUGAAGCUGGUGGAUUCUGUAAUAUUUUAAAGAGUUGUGCCGGAACUUGCAGGUCAUUCUUCGUGAAUUUGAAAUUUUGUGUGAUUGGAAUUAAGUAGUGACUGAACACCGUGGCCUUUCCCCUGUAACGUCAAUGUGAUUCAUUCCCCGUGGCACAAGCUUGGCCUUGUAAUUGUAGGAGAAUUGUGUUGUUUACCUUGGUGUACUGUCGUGGCCCCUGCUCCUGUGGCAUCAUUGUGGCCCCUGUGAUACCAUCGUGGUCGUGAUAUCAUCGUGGCCCUUUGAUACCAUCGUGGCCCUGUGAUACAAUCGCGGCCCUGCGAUACAAUCAUGGCCCUGUAAUACCAUCGUGGCCCUGUGGCACCAUCGUGGCUCUGUGAUGCCAUCGUGGCCCUAUGAUACCAUCGUGGCACUCCUGUGACACCAACUUAGCCCUGCUCUGUGAUACUGUCGUGCCCUUUGACCGCCGUGGCCCUCCUAUAGCACUAACGUAGCCACUGACACCUUUGUGGCCCUUCUCGUGACACCAUCGUGGCCCUCAUAUGACACCGUUGUGGCCCAGCCCGUGACAUCGCGGCUCUGCCCUUGUGACACUUUCGCGACCCUACCCACGUGACACCAUCGAGGCCCUACCCUUGUGACACCAUCGAGGCCCUACCCUUGUGACACCAUAGCGGCCCUACCCUUCUGACACUAUCGCGGCUCUACUCUUGUGACACCAUCGAGGCCCCUACCCUUGUGACGUCAGGGAGGCCCCGCUCUCUGACACCAUCGUGGACUUUCCUGUAAAGUCACAGUGGCUCAUUCUUCAAGAGCCAGGACCUUGUUUUCUCCCCAGUUGACCUCCCCCGCCCGCCAAAGUGAAGGUCUUCGCAAGAGGAAUCAUGUCCACCUCUGCCACCAGCGAGGUCACCGAUGUACUCAUCAAAAGAGGUUUUAAGGAUGGGGAAGCCACUGUGCUACAGAAAGGCACCAACGAGCUAUGAGUUAUUGUUACUAAUGAUGGGAACAUCCAGUCAGCAAAAUCAUUCGUGCAGCGAUCGUGGGCAUGGCCACUGGCAGCAGUACCGUGUUUGAAGGGGUGGUGACCAUGGCUGUGGACGGCUCGAGUACGGCCGCUGCUGUUGUCGGCUCCACGCUCAUACUGAUUGGAGCGAUGAUGACAGUGGUAUCGGCAGUCGGGUAUAAGAGAUACACCAAAUACCGUGCCCGACAGGUGGACACUGUCAUGGCUAAAGCCAGACGUAUGGCUCGAGGCGAAGGUGCCGCCCCUGCCCUCCUCGAUCUGGGUUCCGGGGGAGAACUUCUGCGGGUGAUGGCUGCCUGCGAGAACACGGUCACCAUCUGUGAUACCGUAGUGCCCGCUGAAACUUACUGUAAUGGAAAGAUUUGCGAGAUAAACAUGGGAGAGAUAACAGCAAAAUCUGGAAGAUCGGGAAGUGUUGAUAAUCUAGCCACAAGGAUAUCGAGGAAGAGUGGCAGCGUGGACACGCUAGCCACAACGAACUCCAGGAAGAGUGGCAGUGUGGAUAAUUUGGCUGACCUACGAACUAUAGACAUAUACCCUGGAAUGAUAGUGAUGCCGGUGUACUUAGAGGAGUCGAGCUGCACGGUCCAUGUUUACAUGCCGGACGAGCACGAGGCUCCUCUCUGGCUGUACACAGACAUGGUGAUGCUCUUCUGGGUAGCAGUGUUCCUGCUCAGCAUUGGCCACACAUUUCUCAACACGGCUUUCAUAAUUCUUGGACUAGCAUUUAACAUUCUCCCCAACGUUUCUAUCGAGAUUCUCUGCAGUGUCUUCGGCUGCACUGGAGGAGUAUGUAUAGUGGCGGCUGGUGUGGUGGCCUACCGUUGUCACCAGGUGUACCACAAGUACCUCCGGGAGAGCGCCCCGGCGCCCUUUGAGGACACAACCUUAUCUAACAGUCCUGCUGUCUGGCAGCUGUUAUGAAGUAUAUACUUCAUUGAGGAUUUGUGGUCUGUUGGUGUAUUGGGUGUUUCCAUUGAGCUGUGAGCAGGGGAGACAUUUCAUUCAUAUGCAUAUCUUUAACAAAAAUUAACACACUAAAACUGUUACUUACGAAGUUAUUAUUUGUAUUAAGGACGUAAUAUAGAAUCAUAUUAGUUAUUAUUUUCAUUACUAAUGUUUGACAAUAUAAGGCUUAUUUUGUGUGUUGUAAUGCGUUUUCUAUAGUCUAGUAUGUUUUAAUAUUCGUUGUUGUUAUAGGUUCAGCUACUCUGAACAAAAGUUCCAAGUAGCACGGGCUUUGGUGAUCUCGUAGUGGACUUAAUUUAAUAUUCAAGAAACUAGCACGGUAAAAAAUGGGGUCACUUAAAAGAUAUAACCUUUAUUAUCUUAGCUAAUUAACUGAAACUUUGGGAUAUUGAUGAUAUGAUAGUAUUUACAUAGUGAAUAUUAUUACGAAUUAAUUCUUAUGAUAAUCUCAGAACCAAUUUUAAAACGUAAUUUAAAUUUAAAUAGACAUAGAUCCUUUUUUAAGUAACUAUAAUUGAUUAAAAGUUUAGAAUUGGUUAGCAGCACUUGUUUGAAUACCAAAGUUUUCUCAAGUUUUUGGCCUUCUUGGUUAUUGACUGACGCAGUUCUAGUUUAGUUCAUUUAUUAUGCACCCCAUACCCAUCCUGUGGGCGGUAGUGGAAAGGGUUACAGAGGCACAUAAUGGGCUCAGGGACUGAACCCCACAAUUCAUUUAGCUAAGCAAGUUGCAGCUUUGAUGAACUAAUUACAAAUUGUAAUGUACAGUAUAUUAUUACAUUGUUAGUGGGUUCAAGACCAACCACAAGUACAGUCUCUAAGCUAAGCAACUUGUAUAUGAGGUGAGCUAAUGUCGCAAUUGACAUGUUUAUCCCUCCCAAAUCAGUGGGCAGCAGUGGAUAAGUUACAAUCACCCACAUUUACUAUCUACAGUUACCAAACUGGGGAUAUUUGGCUAAAAUUUCUGGUGAUAGACCAUUUUGACUGAAAUAUCUGAACAUUUCUUGAACAUUUGUUAUAGAGUUGUCUAUAAAUUCACGUAUAUUUUCGUACUGUUAUCACAUACAGUGACGGAGGGUGUUCAAAUAAUUAUGUUGAAACAGUUUACAUUUGGUCGGGUUGGUGGCUCUGCUCUGAAUAGGUAAACGAUUCCUCAUCGCCUAUGUUGGAAGAGCAAUAAUUUUGUUGUAAAUUUCAAAUCGAAGGUUUAGGUUAGGUGGGUUGCAUAAUUGUUUUGGCUUAUGUCAAGUUUCGUGGUAAAGCUUUUUAUGAAAUAUGAGAUUAGAUUUUAUGAUUAGAUUUAUUCUAAUCAUAAAAAUAAAACUUAAUAUGAUAACAUUAGACUUAUUCUUACUGUAAAAUUUGUUGUAUAUUGUUUGUUGUACGGGUUGUAUAUAUAUGUAGGGUUCACUAAUUGGAUGCGGCUUUUUUUACAGGUAAUCCAUUUUGUAAUAUGUAGAAAGCACUAAUAUUUAUUUUAUGCAUAUUUAAAAACAAAUAUAACCUUAACUUGAAAAUCGUAAAAUUUAGUUGUACGUUGUUUUUUAACCAUAUUAGUUUGUUAUACAUUGCAAGCAUUAAUUGUUUCAUAAAUUUUGAAUCUUGUUAACCAUGCAUUGUCAAGGAGUGCAUGAAGUUUAAUAGUUUUAAUUACCUGCAAUAACUUAAACAUAUCUGAUGUUUCUUUAUUGUCACAUAAAUUAGAUAGUUUGUAAUUUAUUGCUUUAAUUGUCGAUAAUUUGACGUUAUCAAUAGAAGUAAAAAAAGACCGAAAUAUUGCCAUAUUGUUUCAUACUUAUUAUAUUAAAUUGUUCAAUAUAUAAAUUGAUGAAUAUCAAUAAUAAUGUACAAAUAGCAUACUUCCUUUGAGUAAAUUCAUGCUUUGUAACACGUUUCAAUCAUCUGUUAUAUUUUUAUUCUAAGGAUUCGAGUGCAGUGUCUUAAAAGAGAACUUCAGUGUGGACCAAGAGACUUUGUUUACCUGUUUGCUAAGUCAUAGAACCAAUGUUCAGUGUUGUUUUAUAUAGAUUAAUAUAUCAAUAUAUUGGGUUUGGAAAGUUUAUAUAUAGCGAGUUAUUGAUUGCAAAAAAAACUAUAUGUAUAUAUAUGUUAACGAUUGUAUAUUUUAUUUUGCAUAUACAACAAUGUGCAUAACAUAUAUAUAGCACAGCCACACUGCAUAUCAUUACACGAGAACAUAUUUGUUUAGAAGUCUUCCCCAAAGCUCAGGUGUGUUCCACUGGCUGGUCUCUAGCGCCUAGCCACAAGUGUUGGGCUUUGAGACGGUUUUUGCUGGCCAACUUUACCUGCCAACUCUCGCUUACUCCCUUGUGUUCUUCCCUCAACAAAAGUCACUAUGAUGAUGCAUGCCAAUAUCAGUGUGUCAAACGAGGAUUCUAGGCGUCGUGUUUGGUGUCUAGUGCCGUUUUUCCACAUUUUUAAAAAUCAAAAUAGUUAAUUAAAUAGAGGUUUCAUGUGUUGUAUGGAGCAUUUUGAUGUAUAUGGGCUGUAUUUAUGUGGAACUGUGGAAACAUCAAAUCGGUGGUUUGAUUGUUCUUUUAUAUUUUUAUUUCAGAAUUGAGAAAAAUUAGAUGAGUGGAGCUUCGAUCAGCCUUAUUGUCGACCUCUGUCCAUUCUUCUCAAAGAUAAUAAUAAUAAUGAUGAUGAUGAUGAGAAAAUCAGUAGAAGCCUUGAUGGUGAUGAUAAGACAAAUCUGUAGAAGCCAUGACGAGGAUUCGAACGUACACACUGGGGUACUCCCAAGUAUACGCCCUAACCAACUCUGCCACGACAUGCUAAAAAGCAAUACAACCUGGGAUUCAUGUGACUCCUUUAACGGUCUUAAGGUUUCCACUGUAUCAAAGUUUGGGUUUUACACACUGCCUCAGGACUCCUGGAUUAUUUAGUUGAAUCCCAUAUUGCAUUGCUUUUUGAAUAUGUCGUGGUGAAGUGAUCGAAGGCGUGUGCUUAGGAGUACCCAAUGUGCAAGUUCGAAUCCUCCCCAUGGCUCCUACUGGGUUUCCCAUUGAUAUAUCACGUUAAUGGGAUUUCUUUGUGCGAAUAAUAAUAAUAAUAAUAAUAAUGAAAAAAUAACAAUCGGGCCACCAAUUAGUGUCACUAAAUUAGUCUGAAUAUCGCCCUAUAUUUUCAGUUAAUGUAUGUAUGUUAUACUAGUAUUAGUACUGUAAUGCUCUAGGGGUUGGAAAACUCAUACAAUUUUGACUUAUAUUUUUAUGAGCAAUCAAAAUUUACUUAGGUUUGAGUAUUUCAAAUAGUAUUAUAGAUGAUAUGAAACCCAGUAGCUGUCACAGGCUAGGAGCGUUGCUGUCAAGGUGACAAAGUUUUGGCCAGACGCCAAAUGCUGGAGUCUGGAAUUUCAUGGAGCGCAUUGUGCCAACUCGUUUGUAAGUGGAAGAGACGAGCAGAUCUGAGCUCCUUUUUUUUACAUCCUUUUCUCCAGAAACUAAAUACUUCUAAACUUUUCGCUCUUAUUCACCAAGACCGUGCAGGACUAUACAUGAAAAAAAUCAUUUCAGCUUUACCAUACACUCUCCAACAUUACCAUUCACUCACUAUCUCCACUGUACAUUUACAUUCUUGUACAUUCAUGUAAUUUCAUAAUUACAUGAAUUUACAUAAUGUAUAUUCAUUAUGCCACUAACAUGCAUAACGUUUCGGGCAGGUGCUUAACCUGAAUUUUCCUGGAAUACGGCCCGCCAAAUCGUUGAACAACCAGGUGCCCAUUCACUGCUGGGUGAACAGAGGCUACAGUUAAGGAUUGGCGCCUAGUUAAUCCUCCCCUGCCAGGAUACGAGCCCAGGCCAAAUCGCUCACGGAGCACGGGGCGAGUGUGUUACCACUGCGCCACGGGAACCAACAGCUUCAACAUACACUUCAUCAUGCACUUACUCUACCAUACACUCAUCAACACCACUACAUACUACCGUCAACAAACAUCAGCACAACUAUACACAUCAAUAUGACAUAUCACAAAGAGCUGAAGGAUUAACACAUUCCUGGUGGUAGUGUGGGAGAGAGGUUCCCAAUGGUGUCCCAUAUAUUAGAACACCAAUAUCAAUUAUAUAGGUGGGAAGUUGUUAAUUAUUGAAAAAAACAUACAAAUCUUGGAAAACAUUUAACAAGGUCUAUCACAGAGAAGCAGACGAGGAUCAAAACACAAAAUGGCUGAUGCGAAGAGUACUGAACUGUCAACAAGGUACACAAAAUUGAAGGAUUUCACUAGGGAAGAAAUAAGGAAUGGAGGUUUUAUGGGCAGGUUGGUGAUGGUUGAGGAUCUGCAAAAGAUUCACGAAGGAAAAUUUCUUACAUUAGAAAUAGAAGAUAAAGAUAUUAUUAUUAAAAUUAACCUUUUACAGGGAAGCACUUUGUAAGAAGUUGGCAACUUGAUAGAUAAGGUAAGGAGACCAGAAGGACAAAUAAAGAAACUUGAAACAAAAUGAGACAUGGAAAAUGAAAGGAACGGGGGGAAUACAAAUUUGAAGAAGUAAUCAAGAGGAUAAAAAGAUAUGGACAAGAACUAAGAGAAACUAUUCAGGCUAGCUAAUGCAAGGAGUUAGUCAAGGCUAACGUUUAUAAGCAACUGAAGUGGAGGAAGUUAAUAGAGAACUGGACAAUUGUAAAGAUGAAGUAAAAAAUAAAUAUGCACAAGUCGUAAAUGAGAAAGAAGCAAAAAACUAUGUAAGUCAACAACAGAAAUAAGCAAUCAUGAACUGGCAUUAGAUAGUCACUUAAGAAAGUACUGUAAAUUAGAACAGAACACUUGACAAAGUUCUAGAAUAAUUUUUGAAUGUUUGGAAAAUUAGAUACCAUUUAGAGUGGACAGCAGCAGAAGAAAAAAAUCACUGAUAAAAUGGUAGGUUAGAAGACCUCUCAACAAAGGAAAAUGUCAGGGAUUUUCAGAGAAUAAACAAAUAUAUAAAAGGCAAGACUCGUCCUUUAAAGGUGAUAUUAAAUGAAGUGGGGUACUUGACAUUAUUAAGUAUACCCUUAGUUAGGUACUUGACAGUAUUAAAUACUGUAUGCCCUAAGCUAGGUACUUGACAUUAUUAUGUAUACCCUUGGCUGGGUACUUGGCAUUAUUAAGUAUUCCCUUGGCUGGAUACUUGGCAUUACUAAGUAUACCCGUGGCUGGGUACUUGGCAUUAUUAAGUAAUGGUUAUAUUAUGUAUAUGUAAGUCUCAUCUUUCUAAUUGUAUGUAUCUGUCAUUUUCUUCAUUUUCCAAAACAUGUCUACUAUUUAGAACACUGUUAGUUUGUUUAGGCCUUUCUUAAAAAAAGAAAGAAAAACCUUCAGAUUAAGCUAUAUAUCACUAGGGAAGGUAGUUUUCUAUAAAUUGUCUCCUGUGUCUUGUAAUAUAUAUCUAUUACUGUCAUUAGAAUUGUAACAAUUGCUGUUAUUUGCUUUGUCUUUUUCAAUGAUUUAGUAUCAUGUCACAUUAAAGCAUUGGAGAAACGUACUACAAUGCCGUAGUGCUUGAAUGAAGGUGAAAGAAAGACCCAAUACAUGUGUAAGUGUAUUAAAAACAAAUUUUCGGAUGUAUCCUGUACCCUUUCUCAAGGUACUAUAUACAAUAUUCUGAACAUUUUAUACAGUACCAUGGAAAAGGAUGUAGGUUACAUCCAAAAAUUAGUUAUUUAACACAUUGGCGUUUUCCUUCUCCUUCAUUAAAGUAUUAGCAUUUUUUAUAUACUGUAUAAUUAUAAUAGGUAAUAUUACUUAACAGUAUUUUUCCCUUGUAUUAUUAUUAGGAAUUUGUAUAAUCUUAUAAGUUCAGUUAUAAAGGUACAGCCAUUUAUAAAUAAAGUUAUACCGUAUAAUGCUUAAUUAAAGCUAAUUUAUCAAUUAAAAUACAAUGCAGUUUUUAAUAUUUUUAAUACAUUAGGCUGUUUAUAAAUAGUAUAUUUUAUAGUUCUUAUUUUUCUAGGUUUACCUAACCAGUGACCAUUCAUUUGGAUCAACUUUUAGAAAGUUGCCAAGAAAUGGGUUGAUAAUUAAACACGGGAUAUAUUUAUUAUAUCUGUCCUUCUUUUACCACAAUAAAACCU